UGGUUUCUUUGGUUUGAGCCGCAUGCCCACCGAGGUUGUGAAGUGAAUUGAAGUUGCUUUCGAUGGCCACUGAUUUGAAGAGGUGAAAGCUUUGGAGUUCAGGACCAGAGUCGAUUGGUCUGUCACGAUGCCGGGAUGGCCAAAAGGACCCACAGAGGUAGGCGUGAGCUACGCAGCUCAUCCACACUCCUUUUUCUGCCAGCGCAUGGACGAAGCAGAGGAUUUGGAUGCGUUGAUGGGAGAACUUGAAUUACACGCAUCAUCAUUUUCUCCAUUGAGCGAAACGUCUCCAGGAACCCUCUGCUGCGCCCAGUAUACAUUGGAUGAUGGCUGGUAUCGUGCAAAGGUAGUGCAAGUAACUGCAUCACAAGCCACUGUUCACUACGUGGACUAUGGCAACUCAGAAACCUUGCCGAUCUCAAGACUGCGUGCUAUCCCACCGCGCUACACACAGGUAUAUGGCUAUGCGUUGCACUGCAGUCUGUCAGGAAUCAUUGCGGACAGUCCGGAUGGUCAGUGGAGCGAGCGUGCUAGUGCCCGCCUAGCUGCCCUGGUUCCUGACGUGGAUGUGUUCAUCAUGCGCUUGCAGAGUGCUACCAGCAAUGCCGAAGCCGUCGGGCAAGUCGACUUGAUAGGGAAAGAGAGCAAAGUCAAUGUGGCCCAGGUACUUGUGAAGGAAGGUCUUGCACAACAGUCGAACACUGGCAGUGAUACGUCCAACACUGCAGAGCCGGAGAAACUGUCCGUGGCUAUUACAUUCGCGUCGAGCCCGAGCGAAUUCUGGUAUCAAGUGGAGGGUGCUUCUGCGGGCAGAUUGGACGAGCUUUUCGAGCUACUCGCCAGCUCCUAUCAGGGCGAUGAUGCAAAGCUAGCGUUUGCUUCGCCUGAGCUGGGAGAUUGGUGUGGUAUGUACAGCAGUGACGAUCAGCUGUGGUACCGUACUGUUGUGACCUGUCAGGCCCCGCUGACAGUGCGCUACCUAGACUACGGUAACAUCGAGUAUCCACAGACCGUCAGACGCUUGCCGGAGCAGGCGUUGCAGUUGUCGCCGCAAGCAUUCCAAGGCUGCCUGCUUGGCGUCCGCAGCACGGAGGCCGACGGUGCAUACUGGUCUGAAGCAGCAUGUGCUGAUUUCCUGGACUGGUGUAACUAUGGCGAGGAGAUGUUCUCAGCUAUACGCUACGACGGUGCAUACUUUGAGCUGACUACAUCAGCAGGAGAGUCUGUCAGUGACUUGCUGGUGCAGCGAGGUCAUGGCCAAGUGGACAGGGCCAAUGCACGUCAGGCAUUGUCAAUGGUUGCGCAGCUUGCUCCAACCGUAGCUCACUCUAACCUGGCAAUCAGCGAUGACUGGGUGGACGUCAUGGUCAGCCAUGCCACCUCACCACAGUCCUUCUAUGUUCAGCUGUGCCAGAACUGUGUAGCCUUCCGUCAUCUCACACAGCAGCUGAGUUCAGCUGCAGCCAGUGCAUCUCCUCUGCAGCAACCCCUGAAGGCAGGAGAUAUGUGCGCUGUGCAGUAUGAGAAUGAUUGGUGCCGUGGCAAGGUUGUGGCCGUCGAUGCCACUGGCAAUCGCUACCAGGUGUUCUUCUGCGACUUUGGCAACACGGAGGCGCUACCAUUGUCCGCCCUGCGUCCCAUAGCACAGUGGAUGUGUGUGCAGAAUCAGCAGGCCAUCCGCUGCUCUCUUGUCGGCGCAGGGGCUGCGGCCAACAACCCAGGCGCCGUCAAUGUGCUGCGGUCGUACGCGCAAAGUCAGACCAGCCUGGUAGCCCAGGUCAAGCAGCGUAACGAGGACGGUCACUUGAUGCUCAACCUAAUGGACACGGUGUCCAGUGCCGGUAAAGACCUCAAUGUCUUGCAGGCUGUUCUCUCCGCAAGCAGCUCAGCAGCGGCCAGUGCUGCAGGAGCCCCAGCUGCAUCUGAUACCUCUGGCAAACCAACACCAAGCUCAAGCACGACGACCACCGCAGCCACAUCAGCCAGCCGCCCUUCUGCUGUCUAUACUUACCCAAGCAUCAGCCACGGCAAAACGUUCUCCGCCACCGUAACUCAUUGUGUAUCGCCCAGCGAGAUCUAUCUCACCCUUGACUCCAUGGCGGAAGCGCUGGACACACUCAUGGCAGGACUGGAAGAGGCUGGCCCUACGCUACAGCCGCUGACCGCACGUGUCAACGGUACGCCGUGUUGUGCAGUGUUCAGCCUAGACGAGGGUUACUAUCGAGCCCAACUGACUUCUGAUGAGCGUAGCGGAGCAGUUGACGUCCAGUUUGUUGAUUACGGCAACUCUGAGUCCAGGACGGCUGAUCUAGUACUGGACCUGCCUGAUCAGUUCAUCAAGACUCCAUUGUGCUCAUUGCGAUGUAGCCUAGCCGACCUGCAGCCUCAGCAGACUUGGCCUCAAGCAGCUUGCGAGGAAGUCACCAGUCUACUAACUGAUGCUGCGGUUCAGGUGACGGUGAUGGGUGGCGAAUACUCUGCUACCUCGUCGCUGGCCGUACGCCUGCUGCUAGAUGGUAACAACGUAGCUGAAAUCCUCCGCAAGAAGAACCUUGCCAGUCCUGCCCAGGGCACGGCGACUGCAGCUGUGCCACCGGCCCCCAGCACUGCAAGCCCGCAGCAGGCACCAGCAGCAGCACCACCAGCAGCAGCAGAAGCUCGAUCUGCUCCUCAGCAAUUGCCGCAAGCCAAUGUUCAGACUGGCUCACACAAGGGUUUCUUCAUCCACGCUGACUCGCCCAAUCACUUCUGUGUUCAACUCAACGAUCACGCUGCACAGCUGGAGUCGAUCGCGUCUGACCUACAGCGAGUCAGUCGUACACCAGCACGCGGCUGCAACGUCGGUGAUUUUGUCGUGGCACCAUUCAGCGAGGACAACGCCUUGUACCGUGCACGUAUUGUUCAGCUGAGUGACACCGCAGCUAGGGUGUCUUAUGUGGACUAUGGAAACUCGGACACUUGUCCAGCGUCCAGUAUGCUGCAAUGCCCUGACAAUCUGCUCAAGAUCCCAGCCAUGGCUAUCCGCUGCUCUCUGCUCAAUAUCGUGCCCGCUACUGGCAACACGUGGGAUGAGAGGGUGAACAAGGUGAUCCAGGGUAUCGCCGAGCGUGCUGACCAGAUGACAAUCAAGUUCCACCAGUGCAGCAGCAACGAUGACGCCGCCGGUGUAUGGUCUGUCAGUGUACAGGAUAUGCAGAACAGAGACCUUGGUGACUAUCUACUCUCAUCCAGGAUGGCACGACGUGCUGAUCAAGGCGCAGCAACCCCAGCAGCAGCAUCACGGCCUGCUACCAACAACACUAGUACUGCCACAGCACGAGACUCAGCGCCAGUGCCAUCAUCGUCAUCAGCAGUAGCGUCGGUGCAGCUGCGUAGUCUCAGCCUGGAGGCCGGGUUCAGCAGCUUGGUGUCUAUACCGUACGCCGUGAGCCCGUCGGAGUUCUGCUGUCACCUAGACAGUAACGCAGCGCAGCUAGACCAGAUGAUGGGGCAACUUGAGGAGAUCUACACCUCUGCUAACAUCCCACCGUUGCUUGUGAACGCCGAGUCCGGCGUGGCUUGUGCUGCCCAGUUCACUGAAGAUGAUGUCUGGUAUCGGGCAGUAGUUCAGAGUGCCGAGGCGCCUGACUCUUACUCGCUUGUCUACGCCGACUACGGGAACUCGGAGACUUUGAGUCGCCAGCGUGUGCGCAUGCUGGCACCGGCCCUGUCCAGUUUGCCCACGCAAGCAGCGCGAUGCUGCCUGCACGGCUCCAUGCCGUCCAACACCUGGCCAGAAGGUGUCUGCGCCAAGUUUGACGAGAUUGUCCGCGACGAAGCACACCAGUUCCGCAUGGAGGUGGUUAGCGUCCUGUCCGGAGUGUUCAUUGUCAAGCUGUACGACGAGACUAACACGUGUUUCUCGGAUAUCUUCACCAUGUCUGCCCCGGUCAGCGCAGCACCUUCCCCGGCCAUUCAACAACCUGUCUCCACUAAGCCGCCGACCAGGUCGGACAACACUGCUUUCCGUGCCGACACCGUGCACAAGGGAACGCUGUCGUUCUUCGUCUCGCCGCAGUGUUUCUUUGUCCAGAUGGACGCGGUGCAGACGGACAUUGCUGAGAUCAUGAACACACUGGCAUCGUCGGAGACCGACUAUCUGAGCGCAGCCGUGGCAGGCACUCUCUGUGCAGCAUGUGCCAGUGAUGGGACCUGGUACCGUGGACAAGUGUCUGAAGUCAAGGGUGUACAGAUCACCGUCGACUUCAUCGACUACGGCUUCAGCGAGACUGUAGCUCUGGAGAACAUGAGCGAGUUGCCGGCCGGUGUGUGUACCCAGCGUCCGGCAUUGGCCACGUGCUGUCGCUUCUACGGCAUACCGGAUAACCUGGAGUUGGCGGAGGCAGCACACGCCAUGGCCGAGUCGCUUUGCGAACAACCAGUUGUGGUGGCAGUCAGGUCAACGCAGGCUGACAGUGUAUUGGAAGUCGACGUGACCAUGGCGGACGAACGCAACUUUGCGCAGAUCCUUGGCCUGGCAACGUCACCAUACACACCACCAGCAGCAGCUCAGCCAGCUCACAGUGCUGCUGCUACUUCUACACGUGCGCCCGCCACUCCUAGCUCUGGCUCGGCAAGUAGCGAUGACUCGCUGGUCAUUCCCGCAGUCCAUCUGCAAUCCGGCGCCGCUUGUACAGUGUCCGUGUGGGAAUGCCACUCACCGAUAUCUGUCUGGUGUCAGCUUAGCGACGAUGCAAGCCUGGCCACUAUCGAUGAGCUGCAAGAGGCCUUGGCCAAUCACUGUGCAAGUGCUGCUGCACCCUCGCGGGUCACCCCGGGCAUGUCAUGUGCUGCGCUGUUUGAUGAAGAUGGCAUCUGGUACCGAGCCACUGUUCAGAAGCGUGUUGAUGCCCAGUCGUUCAAGGUCGUUUUCUCCGAUUUCGGCAACUCGCAAGUUGUCAGCAUCACUAAUCUGCGCCAGCUGUCGCCGGCGCUGGUCCAGCAGCCGGCUUUUGCAUUCCGAUGCGUCCUGGCUGGCUUCGAGGACUGUGUAAGCAGCACCUUCUACCAGUCCGUGUGCAGCGCUCUUUCCAAACUGGUGCUGGAGCAGCAACUGCAGGCGACGCAGGUGGGAUCGUGUGUAUUGGACGGCCUAGCUGUACCUGUGUGCGAGAUAAUGGACGUAAACGGUUUGAACAUCGCCGACAGUCUCAAGUCCAGCACUACACCUACCCCGCCGGCUGAUCUGCCCGUUGUGGCAAUGCCAGCAAUGCCUGCUGUAGGUCAGCAAAUGUCCGUGUUUGUCUCAUACGUGUCGUCAGCCAGCGAUGUUUGGCUGCAGCCAUCGUCCACAGCUGAUGAACUGGCUGCUCUUCAGGAGAAGCUGUGUGUUGCCUAUGGUGACGGCACGUCUGUUUCACGCCCUGAAAUCCUCUCGCCCGGUAUGUGUGUGGUUGCUGUGUACGAGGAGGACGGCGGUUUCUACCGUGGCGAAGUGCAGCGUGUCACACCACGCACCGCAGAAGUGUUCUUUGUGGACUAUGGAAACAGCCAGACCAUCCAGAAGGCCGACAUCUACUCGCUGACAAAUGAGUUUGUUGCUCUUCCUCGCCAAGCUAUCCUUUGCCAGCUCAACAUGCAGCCUGCUGAUGGUGUGAAAGAACGGAUGGAGGAGCUACUAAUGGACAAGGAGGGUGUCUUGUCAGUGCAGCUGGUCAACACUGCCACAUGUGUGCAUGGUACUCUGUCUGUCGAUGGUGUUGAUGUGGUCAACACACUUCAACCUGCACAGCAGGCUGCUGUUGCUGCUACUUCAGCCCCUGCUGCUGCUGUUGCUGCUGCUACUUGCUCAGCUGUAGAUCUGGUUGACUACUGCACUCUGGUAAAGCCUGGCGAGACUCACAUUGUACGCUGGGUUGAAGUGGUUACUCCCGAUGAGAUGUACGUUCAGCGUGCUGAUGCAGCCACCGAAGACGCCUUAGCUGAUCUGCAGGAAGAGAUGAAGGUGUACUAUGCCAGUGCUGGACACUCAGUGGCCGCCAACGACGUCGCUAAAGACUCUUUCUUCGCCGCUCAGUUCUCGGAGGACGAUGGCUGGUACAGAGCUGUUGUUCUUGCUGUAGACGGUGACAAGGCCCAUGUCUCGUUUGUGGAUUAUGGCAACAAGGAAUGGUGCGGCUUUGAGCGCCUGCGUCACUUAGAAGCCCAGUUCACAUCCCUUCCCCAGCAGUCGUUCUGCCUGGCUCUACCCGUCGACUCCACCGACGUGGAAGGAUGGACAUCAGAGGCAGCCGAUAUGAUCACGGCAUUGGACGUUGACACUGUCAAGGCGGUAAUUCUUUCGGCUGAUGAUGGCUACGUCAUCGCCAAUUUGUCUAGUGACACUGAUAUUGUAGCGCAAGUACUGGUUGCCGGUGGUCUUGCCGUUCAUCAUGAGUUCGCAGCACCACACGAGGAAGUUGGAGCAUCGCCACAGUCCUCACCGGCGCAGUCAGAUAACAGCUCUGAUCUCUCAGGCUCCUCUCCAGAGCAAACUGGCCUCUCCCCAUACCGCUUUGAGGACGAGCAUGCCAAGGAUGCUCACGUUGUAGUUUCCUUCGUAACGUCACCAUUUGAGUUUUACUGUCAGCCUAUGUCGCUGAGUGACGCAUUAGCCGAUCAGCAGGCUGCCAUUGAGACAUAUGUCACGGAGAGUGCCAGCCCUGACAGCACCAUGGAACCGCAUGCUGGUAUGUAUUGCUUGGCGAUGUUUGAAGACCAGUGCUGGUACCGUGCCCUCAUUGAGGCCGUCGCCGACUCAGCCACCUCCGUCUCCGUGUUCUUCGUGGACUACGGCAAUCAGGGCGAGAUCAGUGUGUCCAACCUGUUGCCACUGCCCGCUCAGUUCACUCAGCUUCCCUGGUCUGCCGUCAAGUGUAGUAUGUUCACUGUAGAACCGUGUGCCAAAGCUGACAGUUGGCCUGCUACGGCUACGGAUGUGUUCACGGAGGCAGUGCAGGAUCAGGAGCUUCUUCUCUCGCUCAACAGUCUACUCGACGGAGAGCCACCGAUUUACUUUGUGGACCCGCUCGACAUGGCCAGUCAACCCAUGUCAGCCGUCUUGAUCUCCUCGGGCUUGGCCGACAAGACUUGCUCGGAUGUGGAGUCUGUUGCGUCGGGGUCUGCAGUGGGCCGUCCCCACGGUGAUGCCUGGUUGGCCCACUGCAGUCCAACAUCAGGCACGGCCGUUCGCGUCCUGGUCAGUUUAGUAGCCUCGCCGUUUGAGAUCUGGUGUCAGCUAGUCGUGGACGCAGACAACCUGAAUGCCUUGGCCCAGGACCUAGCUGAUGUGUACGGCAGUGAGCAGCAGCAACCUGCGCGUCUACAAGUUGAAGAGCUGGUGGCUUGCAAGGCAUGUGUAGCUCAGUUCAGUGAAGAUGAGUGCUGGUAUCGUGCCGUCAUUCUCAACGUAGAUCACGGAGCCGAGAAGGCAUGUGUGCGCUUUGUGGAUUUUGGCAACACCGACACAGUGGACUUCAGCUGUAUCAAGGUACUGCUUCCUGUCUUCACUCACUUGCCUGAGCAGGCGUUCCACUUGUCUCUGCAAGGCAUUCGCACGGCUGAUGACGAUGACAGCUGGUCGCCGGAAGUGCAGGACUUCCUUCAAGUCAUGGAGGGCACCGAGUGCGAUGUGAUUGUGUCGAACGUCAGCGAUGCGAACGAUCACGCUGCCAGCUCACGUGUCUUCUUUGGGCAGAUGCGUAACGCCGACGGUGAGGAUGUUGCUACAUGGUUGACGCGUAACGGCUAUGCCCAGCUGAUCAAGGCCAUUGAUGCUGCUGUGCCACCGUCACCGGUAUUGCCAUGCUCACCCACUCCUUCACCGGCGGCUGCUUCUGCUAGUGCUCUCUCACCGAGUGUGCCUGCUGGUGCAGAAUCUUCAUCCAGGUCAACGUCACCUCUCUCAUCUGCUAGAGUGAGCUCAUCGUCUUGUCUUGACCUGUCACCGUCAUCUUCCUCCCCAUCCCCGUGUGUGGCCGUUAGCCCAGCGGCAGCAGUUGCAGCAGCGCAUUCGCCCGCCCGCUCCGUAUCACCGGUAGCCUCCGUGUCUCCUGCUCGCUCCGUAUCACCGGUACCAUCCGCGUCACCAAUCCGUAGCACAUCGCCCGUUGUGCCGGAGCAGUGCCUCAAUGAUCAGCCUGUCUCACCGCAGCUCUCGCCAGCGGCGGUCUCCCUGUCUCCUGUAGCUAGAAGCCCAUCGCCAGCACGGUCUCCCGUAGCUAGAAGCCCAUCGCCAGCACGGUCUCCCGUAGCUAGAAGCCCGUCGCCAGCACGGUCUCCCAUAGCUAGAACCCUGUCGCCAGCACGGUCUCCCGUAGCUAGAAACCCAUCACCAGCACGGUCACCAGUGCGGACUUGUAGCGAUGCCAGCACCGCUGCCGCUACUACUGCAGAUCCCCCGUUAGAAACUGGACAACUGGUGGAGCAGGCCGCUGCGAAUGUCUCCGCCGUACCAUCAACCACCUCGUUUGCCGCCAACUCAGUGGGAAGAAUCCGCCGUGAUGCGCACGAGGCGAGAUCACAAUCAUCCUGGUCUAUUGCAGCCAGCACUGCAUCAGAGCCCGGUCAAGCCGGCGCUGGUGACCUGCUGGCUUUAGGUCAGACCGUGGCCAUGGAAAUCACGCACGUCGAAACGCCAACCGACUUCUGGUGCCAAGUGCGCACCAAUGCUAGCAGUCUGGAGCGCAUGAUGGACUUGCUCAACUCCCAGCAGCCGCCAGUCUUGGCAGAGCCAACUGUGGGUAACAUCUGCUGUGCUAUGUACACCGAGGAUAACAG